CUUCCAGUCACGUGUCUGCCGGCUCCGCGCGUCCUCGCUACAGGUUUCCCACCACCGGCUCCCGGAAUCCGGCGUUCUGGCUGCCGCCAUGACCCGCGCCGUCCUUCUCUCUCCACUGCAUCCCCUCCUCCUGGGGCUCCUCCUCCUCUCCGCUCCGCAGGGCGGCAACGGCCUGCACACCAAGGGCGCCCUUCCCCUGGACACGAUCACUUUCUAUAAGGUCAUUCCCAAAAGCAAGUUCGUCUUGGUGAAGUUCGACACCCAGUACCCCUACGGUGAGAAGCAGGAUGAGUUCAAGCGCCUGGCUGAAAACUCGGCCUCCAGUGAUGAUCUCUUGGUGGCAGAGGUGGGGAUCUCAGAUUACGGUGACAAGCUGAACUUGGAGCUGAGUGAGAAAUACAAGCUAGACAAGGAGAGCUACCCAGUUUUCUACCUCUUCCGGGAUGGGGACUUUGAAAACCCAGUCCCCUAUAGUGGGGCGGUAAAAGUUGGAGCCAUCCAGCGGUGGCUAAAAGGGCAAGGGAUCUACCUGGGUAUGCCUGGCUGCCUACCUGUGUAUGAUACCCUAGCAGGAGAGUUCAUCAGGGCCUCCAGCAUGGAGGCUCGCCAGGCCCUCUUGAAACAGGGGCAGGACAACCUCUCAAGUGUGAAGGAGACUGAGAAGAAGUGGGCUGAGCAGUAUCUAAAAAUCAUGGGGAAGGUGUUAGACCAAGGUGAGGACUUCCCAGCGUCUGAGAUGACCCGGAUCACCAAGCUGAUUGAGAAGAACAAGAUGAGUGACGGGAAAAAGGAAGAGCUCCAGAAGAGCUUGAACAUCCUGACUGCCUUCCAGAAGAAGGGGGCUGAGAAGGAGGAGCUGUGAAAGGCUCCAGUUUCCUAGGGUUUGCUGGGGAUAGGGAGGGAAGAGUUACCUGUUGGCCUUGAGACCUAUGUAGUAUGGAUGGGGGGAGGGGGGUGAGGAGUUGGAAAAGGUGUUAUUAAACCUGAGCCCUGAGUGUG